UGAAAACUCGCAACCGUUAAAAAUUGAAGUGUUACGAAUAGUAAAAUCUAUUCAGUGAAUAAUCAUGCCAUCACCACCCACAAAGUUCACCACAAGCAAGGCUAUUGACCACUUUAAUGCAGGGGCAACGUUAAUGAAAAUCACGGGGUACGUCGAUUGCAUCGAAGGCAUCAAAGAACUGCCUAAUUCCCCAUCGAAGUGGCUGUAUAAAUGCAUCCUAAAUAAUAAUGAUCAAAGGAGGGUUAGAAUACUUUUUUGGGGAGAUGACGCCUGCAAAUACAACACAGAAAUUUCCAUGUAUCAGAUCCUCAAGAUCACAGGUGGAGUGAUUAAAGAGGCUAACCCCACUUAUUAUCGAUCAGGCGACACCGUGGGCAAAAAAGAAUUUCAGUUUGGGCGUGGAAGCACCCUGGAAAUUCUUGGAAUAUUUGAUAUUGUUAACGAUGCUUCGGGAAGCAAGAAGGAGGCAAUCACAUUCGCAAGGAUUGAAAUGAAGGACGUGUGCACAGCUAAAUCUCCGGUUAUCGUUUCCGGAUGGUUAAAAGAACAUUUUAGGAGCAUAAUCACCGCUAACGGGGCCAGCUACGGAUGUGCAAUGAUCUGCACAGAUGUGCACAGAAUAACGGUACACGUGACCACAUUUGUACCGAAACCUGAGUUUGUCGAAGGGAUGAAGAUUGAUGUCCAAGGAUCUAUCGAGCGUCGUGCAGAUGCGUUUUUUUUUAACGUCAAAUCUAUGGAACAAAUCACAGCAGUCCCUUUCGCUCCAGUGAUGACGGAAGACGAAAUGGACGAUGCAGUUGAGUCACCCCCUCUAACUCCCAAACGAGAUGCAGAUGACUGUUCGCAGAACGGAACGGAGAAGAGGCAAAAAUUAGAUUAGACUCAUUGUGGCACUUCUCCCUCCCACUCCACAUCCCGGUUGAUGAUUAUUAUGCAUUAUUUUUUUUUAUGAAGUUCACAAAAAAGUUGCAUGAUGUCAAAACUUAAAUCAGAUAACAAAUCACGGAUAACAAAUCACAGUUUCACCGGAAAGCAUGACUUAAACAAACAACAAGAUAAAGAUUUUUUAAUU